ACAUACAUGCAUUGUAUUAAAUACUCACAUCAGUAAUUUAGUCGUUCCGGUGGUCUAGAGAAUGUAUUAAAGGUUAGAGAAGUUAACAGUCUAUGAACAAUAUUUGAUACAUUUUUAAAUCUCAAGUGGUUUUGUAAAUAAACAAAUUUGACACAAUGCCACCUAAAAAAGCACCUGCUCCGAGUAAAAAAGCAGAGCAAAAGAAGAAGGAAAAAGUAAUCGAAGAUAAAACCUUUGGUAUAAAAAAUAAAAAAGGUGCAAAGCAACAAAAAUUUAUACAACAAGUAGAAAAACAAGUUAAAUCUGGUGGUGUUAAUCCACGAAAGAUAGAAGAUCCUAAUGCUAAAAAAUUAGAAAAAGAAAAAAAAUUGAAAGAACAGAAGGAAUUAGCAUUAAUUUUCAAACCAGUACAAGCACAGAAAAUAGAAAAAGGUACAGAUCCAAAGUCUGUAGUAUGUGCGUUUUUUAAGCAAGGACAAUGCACAAAAGGAGAUAAGUGUAAAUUUUCUCAUGAUUUAAGCGUGGAACGCAAAGCUGAAAAAAGAUCUCUAUAUUGUGAUAUGAGAGAUGACGAUGAUAAAGAAACAGAUACCAUGGAUAAAUGGGAUGAAGACAAAUUAAAAGAAGUUGUAGAAAAAAAACAUGGAGGAGGUGGUCACCGACCCACUACAGAUAUUAUAUGCAAACAUUUCUUAGAAGCAGUAGAGAAAUCGAAGUAUGGAUGGUUUUGGGAAUGUCCAACUGGUCAAAAAUGUAUAUAUAGGCAUGCCUUACCACCUGGCUUUGUUCUUAAAAAAGAUAAAAAGAAGGAAGACAAAAAGGAUGAAAUUUCAUUAGAAGAUCUAAUUGAAAGAGAGAGAGCUAAUUUAGGACCUAAUCAAACAAAAAUAACUUUAGAAACCUUUUUGGCUUGGAAAAAGAGAAAGUUACAAGAAAAGAAAGAACAAGCCAUCAAGGACGAAGAAAAGAGAAGAAAUGAUUAUAAAGCAGGUCGUCAAGUGGGUAUUUCUGGUCGUGAAAUGUUCUACUUCAAUCCAGAACUUGCUGCUGGGGACGGUAUCGAUGAUGGUGAUGAAGCAAUAUCCAGUUAUGUACGAGAAGAAGAUGAAGAAGAAGAAAGAAUUGAAUAUAGAGAACUUGAUAUGGAACGACUUGCCUUUGAAGCUAGUGAGACUGAUACUACGGGUAUAACAGUUGCAUCUACAGAUCGCCUGAAAGCUAAUGGCACUGAUGAAAUCAAUCAGGAUAGUACUGUGACUGUUGGAGAAGGUGCAACUGCCUUAGCAAUAAACGAAAAUCUAUUUAUGGAAGAAGACUUAGAAGAUUUAGAAGAAGAAUUAGGGGACCUGGACUUAGAGGAGUGAUCCAGAUGUCCCAUUCUUACUUCUCCUCUCAAAAUAUUAAUAAUAUUUGCCUAUGAUCAUAUAUCUGUAUUGUCCAGAGAUUCAUUAGUCAUAAGUAUGA